UAGAGAAACAAUCAUAAGGGGAAAACACACGAAAUAGAUUUAAUUCAACAUCUGUUUAUCAAUACAGAGUUCUCCUGUCCACUGAACUUCCUAUCACAUGAUGUUCACUCCAAAGAGUUACCUGUACAUCCCUUUUUUCUCUCCAGGACUUUUUGAUGACUUUGCAAACCAGUCAACAAUUCAGCACAAAGGCAUGAGGAGUCACGCUGGCAUGUUGUGACUGAAUCACACAAUUACAUAGGAUGCGUCCCAUUCUGAAAAUGCCCAGACAGCAAAUGGCAGAGGUAAAUGGAAUCAAACGUCAGAGCCAGCACAGUUUGAGGGAGACUUGAAACUCAGACUCCACCAUCUAGGGGAAAGUUUCCUGCUGUGCCAUGGACUGAAGGUGACAGAAAAUGACAGCAAGACUUCUAGGAACACCACUGACUGUGCUCUUCCUUGGUCUCUUUGGAAUCCUGGAGGCAACAAAAAUAUCAUGCAGAAAUGAAGAAGGAGAAGCUGUGGAUUGGUUUACCUUUUAUAAGUUGCCCAAAAAGCAAAACGAGGAAAGCAGAGAGACUGGGUUAGAGUACCUGUACCUAGACUCUACAACCAGAAGCUGGAGUAGGAGUAAGCAACUGAUGAAUGCCUCCACGAGUGUUUUGGGAAGGACAUUACAACAACUGUAUGAAGCAUCUGCCUCUGAGAAUAACAGCACAGCCUAUCUAAUAUACAAUGAUGGAGUUCCUAAAUCCGUGAAUUACAGCAGAAAGUAUGGACACACCAAAGGUGUACUUCUGUGGAACAGAGUUCAGGGGUUCUGGUUGAUUCAUUCCAUUCCCCAUUUUCCUCCAGUUCCUGAAGAAGGCUAUGAUUAUCCACCCACAGGGAGACGAAAUGGACAAGCUGGCAUCUGUAUAACUUUCAAGUACAACCAGUAUGAAGCAAUAGACUCUCAGCUCUUGGUCUACAACCCAAACAUUUACAGCUGCUCCAUCCCUGUAACCUUUCACAUGGAGCUCAUCCACAUGCCCCAGCUGUGUGCUGGAUCCAGCUCCUCAGAGAUCCCAGGCCGGCACCUGGCCACACUUCAGUCAGCCCAGGGACAAAAAUUCCUCCAUUUUGCCAAGUCUGAUUCUUUUCUUGACGACAUCUUUGCAGCCUGGAUGGCUCAACAGUUGAAGACACACUUGCUAACAGAAACCUGGCAGCGAAAGAGACAAGGGCUUCCUUCAAACUGCUCCCUUCCUCACCAUGUCUACAAUAUCAAAGCAAUUAAGAUAUCUAGACACUCUUAUUUCAGCUCUUAUCAGGAUCAUGCCAAAUGGUGUAUUUCCCGCAAGGGCACCAAAAAUCGCUGGACAUGUAUUGGAGACCUAAAUCGGAGUCCAUACCAAGCUUUCAGAAGUGGUGGAUUCAUCUGUACCCAGAAUCAGCACAUUUACCGAGCAUUUCAAGGAUUAGUUUUAUAUUAUGAGAACUGUAACUAAACUUGGUGAAAGGACAUAUGUGCUAUCAUUUUCAACACUGAUAAGGGGUCUUCUACUGGGUUCACUCUUUAUAUAUUAAAAGCCUGUGAAUUUACUUAUUGUCCAUCAUCAUCUUAGUCAUUCAGUCAUGUCCAGCUCUUUGAGACGUCAUGGACUGUAGCCCACCAGGCUCAUUUGUCCAUUGGAUUUUUUCAGGCAAGAAUACUGGAAUGGGUUGCCAUUUCCUUCUUCAGUACUUAUGAUCCACGUAUCAUCAAAUAAAAUGCU